GGGCGGGAUGCUGGGCGGGCAGCCGGGCUCGGGCGGCUCGUCGUCGUCGCCGCUGCCGCUGCUGCACCCGCGGACGGGCCGGCUGGUGACGCUGUCGCGGGGCGGGAGGAGCGCCGCUCGCUCGCAGCCCGGCCAGGAGUUCAACCACGGGCUGGUCCUCAGCAGGGAGCCCCUCGGCCCCGGAGCCCUCUUCACCGUCAGGAUCGACCGCAAGGUGAAUUCCUGGAGUGGCUCCAUUGAGAUUGGGGUCACAGCCUUGGAUCCCAACCUCCUGGACUUCCCCAGCAGCGCCACAGGCCUGAAGGGGGGCUCGUGGAUCAUCUCCGGCUGCUCGGUGCUGCGGGACGGGCGGUCCAUCUUGGAGGAGUACGGGCAAGACCUGGACCAGCUUGGCGAGGGCGAUCGGGUGGGCAUCCAGCGCACAGCCAAUGGGGAGCUGCGGCUUUGGGUCAACGGCCAGGACUGCGGCGUGGCAGCAACCGGCAUCCCCCACCGGGUCUGGGCAGUCGUCGAUCUGUAUGGCAAGUGCACCCAGAUCACCGUGGUGCCGAGCGAUGCGGAUGAGGCGGAGGAAGGCGUGCCUCACGACAAAGUGCUGGACCUCCCGUGCAAUCAGAACCGGCCUGAUACGUUUCCCAACAGUCUGGAGUCCGAGAAUGGCUUUUCCAGCAUGGAGCUGUCCGAAGUGGUGAGCAACGCCAUCUUGUCAGCCUACAACGGGAACCUGUUGAACGUCAGCCUGGGCAGCCCGCCCUCGGACUCCGCCCCCUGCGGGGCCCCGCCCAUGACCUCCAACGACGCCCUCCUCUUCCACGAGAAGUGCGGCACCCUCAUUAAGCUCAGCAACAACAACAAGACGGCGGAGCGGCGGCGCCCCUUGGACGAGUUCAACAACGGCGUGGUCAUGACCAACCGCCCACUGCGCGACAACGAGAUGUUCGAGAUCCGAAUUGACAAGCUGGUGGAUAAAUGGUCGGGAUCCAUAGAAAUCGGUGUGACCACACACAAUCCUAACAACCUGGAAUACCCGGCCACCAUGACUAACUUGCGCUCAGGAACCAUCAUGAUGAGCGGUUGCGGCAUCCUGACCAACGGCAAGGGGACGCGAAGGGAAUACUGUGAGUUCAGCUUGGAUGAGCUGCAGAAUUCUGCUCACCCUCCCUCUCUGCUUCCGCAGGAAGGAGACCACAUCGGCCUCACCCGGAAGUCCAACAACGCCCUUCAUUUUUACAUCAACGGUAUCGAUCAAGGCGUGGCCACCAACCUGACUCCCCUGGUGGUUUAUGGUGUGGUGGACCUUUACGGAAUGGCUGUGAAGGUCACCAUUGUGCACAACCAUAACCAUAGCGACCGGCUGCGGCGUAACAAUGCCAUCAUGAGGGCCCUCUCGCCAGAUGUGGGACGCCGCGCCAUCGACGCCGGGAAUGAACCAGAGCCAGAGCGCCUGCUGUUCCACCCCAACUGCGGGCAGAAGGCCGCCAUCAUCAACGAGGGACGGACCGCUCUACGGCCCCAUGCCACAGAUGAUUUCAACCACGGAGUGGUCUUGAGCAACCGGCCGCUACGCAAUGGUGAAGUCUUCCAGGUGCGCAUUGACAAGAUGGUGGACAAAUGGGCAGGCUCCAUUGAGAUUGGUGUCACCACCCACAACCCCACCUACCUGCAGCUGCCUUCCACCAUGACCAACUUGCGAUCAGGCACGUGGAUGAUGACGGGGAACGGGGUGAUGCACAAUGGAACGACCAUCUUGGAUGAAUACGGCCACAACCUGGACCGCCUGAAGGCGAGUGACACAGUGGGCGUCGUGCGCAAAGAGGAUGGGACGCUGCACUUCUUCGUCAACGGGGUGGCCCAGGGACCUGCGGCGUGGAAUGUCCCACCAAACAUCUACGCUGUGGUGGACCUGUAUGGGCAGGCGGCCCAGGCGACCAUCGCUGAUGACACAGAUCUCCCCCCUCUUUCGGAUGACCUGUCAGAAGGGAACAACCAGCUGUCUCCCAGCAGCCCGUCCUCAGUUGCUUCGGGGAGCGACCUGCGCUUCCACCAGCUCCACGGCAACAACGCGGUCAUCACCAACGGGGGGCGCACGGCGCUGCGCCAGAACUGCCGAAGCGAGUUCAACGACGCCAUUGUCAUCUCAAACCGACCUCUCCGAGACGGGGAACUGUUUGAAAUUGCCAUUCAGAAGAUGGUAGAUCGCUGGUCGGGCUCCAUUGAAGCAGGUGUGACCGCCAUCCGUCCAGAGGACCUGGAGUUCCCCAACACCAUGACGGACAUUGACUAUGACACGUGGAUGCUGAGCGGCACCGCCAUCAUGCAAGACGGCAACACCAUGCGCAACAAUUACGGCUGCGACUUGGACUCGCUGACCACGGGGUCCCGCAUCGGCAUGAUGCGCACAGCCAAGGGCGACCUGCACUACUUCAUCAAUGGUGUCGACCAGGGUGUGGCCUGCUCAGGGCUGCCUCCAGGGAAGGAGGUCUACGCUGUGAUAGACUUGUAUGGCCAGUGUGUCCAGGUGUCCAUCACCAGCGCCACCGGACCCAUGGACAACAGCCUGUCCACCAGCAACAUCACUGAGAAAUCUUUCCCCAUCCAUUCGCCAGUGCCCGGGGUGGCCCACCGUUUCCACACCAGCUGCGGCAAGAACGUGGCCUUCCAGGACGACGGGUGUCGGGCCGUGCGCGUGGCCGGGUACUGCCACGGCAUCGUCUUUAGCAUGAAGGAGCUGAAGACGGAGGAGGUGUUUGAGGUGAAAAUCGACGAACUGGACGAGAAGUGGUCCGGCUCCGUUCACAUGGGGCUGACCACCUUCCUGCCGUUGGAUGCCCCUUACGCAGUCACUGGGCUGCCCUCCUCCGUCCUCGAGCUCCGCUCCAAGGUGACGUGGCUGGUGACGGGCACUGAGGUGCGGCGCAACGGCAUCCUGCAGAAGCAGAACUACGGGUGCUCGCUGGAGCGCCUUGGGGUGGGGAGCCGCAUAGGCGUGAAGCACUGCACCGACGACACCAUGCACAUCUUGAUCGACGGGGAGGACAUGGGGCCUGCAGCGACUGGGGUGGCUAAGAACGUCUACGUGGUGCUGGACCUCUACGGCCGGGUCACGUCGGUCUCCAUCGUGAGCUCCAGCACCCUGGAAGAGGCGGACGGCACCAAACCCCCCUCGGUCACGUCAGAGCCCUUCAGCGAAGAGGAGGAGGAGGAGGAAGCCAUGCCCUGUGAGAACGAGGUCCCUCCGGUGACGUCCUCCAUGCAGUUCCUCGAGAACCACGGCAAGAACAUUCUGCUGUCCAGCGGCAACCUGACAGCCACUCGCGUCUCCAGCUACAACCAGGGCAUUGUGGUGGUCGCCCAGCCCCUCCCUCCGCAGCAGCUCUUUCAGUUUCAGAUCGAUUCUCUGAACCCGCAGUGGACUUCGUCGCUCUCUCUGGGGGUCAUUGGCAGCUCUCCCGAGCGGCUCAAUUUCCCCGCCACGGCCUGCUCCCUGAAGCGCUCCACGUGGCUGCUGCAGCGUGACUCCGUCUUCCACAACUCCCUCAAGGUCGUCGAGAACUACGGUCCCAACUUGGACACCUGCCCCGAAGGGACAGUGCUGGGCCUUCUGGUGGACUCCAACAGCUGCCUCCACCUCUACGUCAACGGGAUGGACCGGGGGGUGGCCGCGCAAGACAUCCCCAGCCCCUGCUAUGCCUUCGUCGACCUCUAUGGGCAGUGCGAGCAGGUUACCAUCGUCACGAACGACACUCCCGCGGUGGGAUCAGAAGGCACUGACCCCCAUGGCCAGGGGGACAUGGAGAAAGCAGACGUGGUGGACGGUAUCAAGGAGAGCGUGUGCUGGACACCCCCCGUAGACCUGAAUACCAUGAAGACCUGUGAGUACCACGCCCUGUGUGCUCGCUUCAAGGACCUCCUCCUCCUGCCAGAUGAUUAUUUUGUGGAAGAUCCCAAGUACAGCCUCUGCUACUGCGAGUCCUGCCACAAGCUUCGGGGCGAUGAAGCUUAUUACAAGCGUGGGGAGCCGCCUCGAGAUUACGCCCUGCCUUUCGGGUGGUGCCGUUUCAGCCUCAGAAUCAACCCCCGGCUGGAGGUCGCCAGUACCUCUAAGAAGUGGCACAUGGCCUACCACGGAACGAGUGUCGGGGCAGUGCGCCGCACGUUGGAUCAAGGGGAGCUGGUGCCAGGGAGCACGUCCAUCUUGAGCUGCCGUCCGGUCAAGGCAGACCCGCAGGGCAGCGGCGGUGCAGCUGGCAGCGGGGGCAGCAGCGGAGGGUACCGCGAGGCCGAGGAGAACAGCUCUCACAGCCACGAGGAUCUCCUGCGCGUCCUGCUGUCGCCCACCCUGCGCUACGCCGGGCUGGAGACGUUUGCCACCAAAGUGCAAUUCAAAGACCCAAAGUCCCAUCGACAGCAUGCGGCUCAGGUGGCCUUCCAGGUAUGCGUGCGCCCCGGCUCCUACAAAGUGUGCCCCCAGACUCUGGCCGUCCCGGAGCCGUUGGACCCCCGCUUCAGCAGUGCCGAAAUCGAGUGGGUCACCAAGGAGAAGGGAGCGACGGUCUUGUACGGGCUGCUGAUCCGCGUGGAGUGAGACAGCCGCCCUCCCUCCCCCCCACCACCUCGGUCCACGGGAGUGGGGGUCCAUGCGACGUCACAACACGCAGGGACGGGCAGCUCUGGCCAAAGGAGCCCCUGGGGCACCUGCCUUUCGACACACAGCGUGGGGCAGAGCUUGCGAGUCUCCAAGGGUUUUACUGCUGCGACCGACCGGCACAAGAGACUUGGUGGCGGGGCUUUCCAGGAAAGGGGGCCGCCCCUUCCCAGGGCCACCAAUGGCUUCCCCCCCCCUUUUUUCUUUUGCACAGAAACAAAGCAAGACAAGCUAAAGGGGUUUUUUGGGGGGCAGGGGGGGGGGCUGUUGACUUGAACCUUGUGUUUAAGAGCAUGAAGGUGGGGAUUUGGGGGUGGGUCGAAGGGAGGGGAUUUAGGUGCCACAAAGAAAACAAAACACAAAACUUGACAGAACUUUGGACUGUGGGAACUCUUUUCUGGAACCCCCGGGGGUUUCUGUAAUGAUGAAUCCCUCCUUUCCACUUGACCUCCUUUUCCACUUGCCUAGUUGCCUGUAUCCACUGGGAGGGACAUCGGAUAAAGGGGUGGAGGGGGGACAUUGGUGCUGCACUGAGGGCUGAGACAAUUCAGAAUUUGGGGCCUUUGGGCGGAACCCAUCGGCGGUCCGAAGGAGCGGGAGGGGGGUUCCGGUCACCCCUUCUGGAAGAGAGCACAGGGGCACGCUGGGGUACGUGGGAUGUCGAGGUGACCCUGCCUUCCUUCUGUGUAUGUCUGUUUUUGUUUAAGAACCCAUUUGUGUUUGGGAUUCUCGACGGAGAUGAAGUUUCUGCCCUCCCCUCCUCUGGCUUUUGGCACCGUUUAUGCGCAGCCCCCAAGAAGGACAAUCUAGUUUGGCUUGUGCAUCAUGCAGUCCCUGCUGCCCCGGGGAGGGGGAUGAAGGCAGUGCAUUCUUGGAAAGGAACUAGGUGUGUGAGUAAACAGAACCAGGACUGGAGCUCUGUUUCUGAGGCCAGGCUCUGAUAAUCAAACCGUUCCCUCCCCACACACACCCACAACGACACCCACACCCAUCCACAACAAGAAGCACACCUCACUCCUCCUCAGACACUGGAUUCCCCCCCACUUUGACCGUUUCCUCCUCCCCGGAUUCUUUUCUUCUCUCCCCCCCCCCUUCCCUUAUUUAUUUAUGCCUGCAUCAGUUGUCCAAAAAAAAAAAAAUGUGAACUUUUUUUAAGAGGCAAAAAAGGGUGUGUGAGGUUUAAAUCUACCCACCCUUUUCCUCCUCUUUGAUUUAUGUAUAUUUUAAAUUGUAUUUAUGCUGCCUUUUUCACUUUAUUUGUUGGGAAAAAUGACAUGCAUUAAUCUUUUUUUUUUUUUUACAUUAAGUCUGAAGCUUUGUUUCUUCGAAGUUGAAAAGGUUGUACAGUGUGUUUUGCCCUAGCGAGGGUUUAUAAACCAGAAUCCGACUGCU